AUGUCUCAACCAAUUGAGGUUGAUGAACCGGGCACAAGCGAAUACAGCACACAAGGCGAGCAGCCGAGGACGUCGACGGAACCGGAAGCUCGUUCGGAUGAGUCAAGAUCGAUCAAAUCCGUCGCCCCUGCCAUUCUAGAAAAUGGCCGCUUCUAUUGCAACGAGACCUAUUUAAUGCCAUGUGACGACAUCGAGCAAACCCGCCUCUCCAUCCUCUACCAAACGUAUCUAUCACUCCUCGACAAUCAGAUCUCCCUCGGUCUUAUACCUCGAAGUCCGAAACGCAUUCUAGAAAUCGGAACGGGCCUGGGCGACUGGGCCAUUGCAGUAGCUGAACGCUUCCCCAAUGCAGCCGUAAUUGCUACGGACAUUAGCACAGCAUUACAUCCUGGCGCUGCACCACCCAAUGUGACAUUUGAAAUCGAUGAUGCCCAGGACGAAUGGACGUAUAAUGAACCUUUCGACUUCAUCCACAUUCGCGAACUUGGGGGUGCCUUCUCUGAUUGGGGAAUGAUCUACGGUGAAGUCUCGAAACACCUGAAGAUCGGCGGUUCAGUAGAAAUUGCGGAUCACGGGAGAGUGACACUGAUGAACGAGCCCGAAAACUCUUACACUAGCAUCUUCAAUGGCGCUUUGGAAUCCGCGGCUGAGAAGGCGAGGCGACCGCUUAAUAUGGAUCAUCUGAAGAAGCCUGCGUUUGAAGCUGCGCAUCUGACCGUGACGAAGUCGAAGACGUUUGAUCUCCCCGUUGGUGAUUGGAGUGAGGAUCCGAGAAAGAAACUUGCAGGCAAGAUGGCGCUCAUUGCUGUGCUGGAGGGACUAGAGGCUGUGGGCUUACGCCUUUUGACCAAAUAUCAAGGGUGGAAGGAGGCAGAAGUAAGGGAGGUGAUUGAAAAGGUGAAGGAAGAGAUCAUGAGGCCUGACGUGAAAGCUUUUAUAAGGGUGCAGUUUGUUGUGGCACGGAAGAUGGGGAUAUGA